UAAUGUCCCGUUUCUGCAUGUUGUGCUUUCUAUCUCUAGUAUGUUCUUGAAUAUAGCUCUUCUUUCAACCCAUUUCUGUCUGUGAGCGUCUCUAUCCAACCACACAUGCUUUAGUUUGGUACGAUUCCAAAGUUUAUUUUUGUUCUUGCAUUGGUCGGGACAGAGUUCAUCUCGUUCCUUUCCCACCCUUUCUUUCUCUCUAUCUCUUUGUAUCUCUCUUUCUUUCCCAAUCUUUUACAUGCGACUGUGUCCUAACCAGAGUGGAAACAAAUCCGAGGUCGGUGGUGCUAAGUGAGGGGCCGUGUAAAAGAGGGUUGUAGAGAAGAACCCAUUGUGCAGUGAGUGAGUGUGUGAGGUUUUGUGUGAGUGAGCGUGUGGUAGGGGUUCUCCGUCAUGGGUCUGUUAGCAUGGGUAAAGAGCCUGUUCAUCCUGCAUCUCUUGAUCGGCUUUGUGUUCGUGGUGAGCGGACUCAUCAUUAACUUCACACAGCUAUGCACCUGCGUGUUGUGGCCCUUCAACAAACAACUUUACCGCAAGAUCAACACCAGACUCUCCUACUCACUAUGGAGCCAGUUGGUGAUGUUGCUGGAGUGGUGGUCUGACACAGAGUGUACGCUGUACACCGAUCAGGCCACAGUUGAUAAGUUCGGUAAGGAGCAUGUGAUCAUCAUCCUCAACCACAACUUUGAGAUCGACUUCUUGUGUGGAUGGACCAUAUGUGAGAGAUACGGCGUGCUGGGGAGCUCAAAGGUUCUGGCUAAACAUGAACUGCUGAAAGUGCCUCUGAUUGGCUGGACGUGGUACUUCCUGGAAAUCGUCUUCUGCAAAAGGAGCUGGGAUGAGGACAGGGAAACCGUCUUCAGUGGGCUUAACCGUCUCAAAGAUUACCCAGAAUACAUGUGGUUCCUGUUGUACUGCGAAGGAACCCGGUUUACGGAAAAGAAACAUCAGAUAAGCAUGCAGGUGGCUGAGUCGAAAGGCCUCCCCAAACUGAAAUAUCACCUGCUGCCCCGCACCAAAGGAUUCACAACGACUCUGCAUUGCCUGAAGGGAACAGUGAAAGCUGUGUAUGAUGUUACACUGAACUUCAAAGACAAACAGAACCCAACCCUGCUGGGCAUUCUCAAUGGAAAGAAAUACAAAGCCGACAUGAGCGUCAGACGCUUUCCUGUGGAGGAGAUUCCAGAUGAUGAAAAGGAGUGUGCUGAUUGGUUACACAAGCUCUACCAAGAGAAGGAUAAGUUACAAGAAAAUUAUGAGAAGGAGGGAUGUUACCCGGGACCCACCAUUAAACCCAAACGGCGACUUUGGACGCUGCUGAACUUCCUAUUCUGGGCGACUGUUCUGCUUUCUCCGCUUAUUAACUUCGCCUGGGACGUCUUUGUCAGCGGCUCACCCCUCCUCAUCAUCGGCUUCAUGAUUUUCCUCAUUGUCUCUUCUGUAGCAGUCCGUCGGCUCAUCGGAGUAACCGAAGUCAAGAAAACCGGCUCCAGCUACGGCAACAUCGAGGCCAAGAAAGAAAACUGAACGCGUCGACACCGAGUGGCCACCGUGUACCGUUUACCCUGCAGUCCAUCCUCAGGCUUCGAGCUGCCCUGUGUGCAGUUAUCCCUCUUUUUACAACGAAUUAAAAAAGUUAAAUCAUUCAGAAUUGGGGUGAUAUAGAUAUAUAACUAUAGAGCUAACUUAAUAUGCUAACGUGCAAACAUAUUGAUCGCUUUUAUGAACUAAUUGGAAAAUGAAUGAGGGGAAAACGAAACGUUCGCCCGGUGGUGAUGGCGACAUGCUCGUCUCCAAGGACGUCGAAAGAAAAGAUUGAUGAGUGACACAGAUCAUCUUCUCUUUAGCUCCGCCCCUUUCACUGUGGAACACGCAGUUACGUAGUCUCGCUUCUUUCUGUCAACUUCUGUUUUUUUUUAUUAUUAACUUUUGUGUUCUUAAGUAGGGGCCACACCACAUGUGUGCACAUAAAACUCCCUCCAUUUCACGUAUGGAUUUUCACCCAUAGCCACACCAUUCAGAGACUGAUUUGUUUUCUUAUUAUUACAAUCCGUGUUUCAUUUCACAGGGAAACUGAGAAUUGUGAAUGAGGAGAUCCGUCAGGGGUCUCUUGCUGCUAAGGUCAUUGGUACACCAACAUUAUGUUAAAAUGGAUUGAGCAGGCUUUGUGUCGCAUACCAUCUCCUUUAAAUCUGUCAUCUACAGCUUUUUCCCCUUUUGAAACCUUUUUCACAAUGGUGUCUUAACCUCCUUGCCAUCAUUGUGUUAGUAGGUAUAUUGAAUAAAGUGGAAAAUGUU